CCCUUCACCAUCACAUUCUUUCCGCAAGAUAAACUCAGAACACGCAAAAGCAGAGAAAACUCGCCACGCAAAUUCCAUCCACACCCCGAUUCAUCUAAGUCAUCAAUGACAUACUCCUGCGCACCAACGAUGAAAAGAAGCAGAGAUGACUAUGAAAGGAUGAGCUUGGACAUGGCGAAAUGCCUGAUGCUUCUCUCCCACGGGGUCAACACAAACCCUAAAAUAUCCGCUGUGCAUCACAAUGAGGACAGCUUCGAGUGCAAGACGUGCAACCGCCGGUUCUCGUCAUUCCAGGCACUCGGCGGCCACCGGGCGAGCCACAAGAAGCCAAAGCUGCCGGAGACGAAGCCCGAAGACAUCACCAAGUUGGCUUUGGGCUCAACGGCAAAGACCAAGAUGCACGAGUGCUCGAUAUGUGGGCUGAAGUUUGCGUUGGGGCAAGCCUUGGGAGGCCACAUGAGGAGGCAUAGGGCUGAGUUGAUGAGCGGGAACAUGAUGAAGAUGGACGAAUUUUUUGCGAUUGGUUCGACAGUCCCAGUUUUGCAGAGGUCGAAUAGCAGCAAUAAGAGGGUUAUGUGCGUGGACUUGAACUUGACUCCUCUAGAGAAUGACCUCAAGUUCUUGUUGGGCAAGAUGGCUCCGAAGAUAGAUCCCUUGCUCUUGUAAUUAUGAUUCCUUGUGCUCCCGCUGUCUUCGCGAGGAGUUUUACUGAGGUUGAUUGUUUAUUCAUCCAUUUGUUGUACAAAAAGAAUGUCCUAUUUCGACCGACUGAGUUUAGGGGCUUUUGUAAAUCAUCCAAGAAUACGAGUUCAAUCAUUUAUUUUUAUCU